AUGAUACAUAGGGAAGAGCUCGGGUUCCCAGGGUCUUGUGGUCUCAGCACUUGGUUACUUGCUCCCAUCUCUCUCCCAUUUCUGACCAGCUGCUCUAGUCCGGGCGGCAGGGAGAGACAGCUGAGAGACUGCCCAGUGUGGCUGCCUCUGCUGCAGAUACCAGGAGGAUCUGGGAUGCAGCUGACCCCACAGCCUGCUCCUGGCAGACUGAGACCAACCAACAGACUGGUCUGGGUGCGGGCCUGCCUGCUGGUGCAACCACCAUGCUGCCAGGAAGAAGGAGAAGAUGUGGGGACAGGUGAUGUGCCCAGGGGCAAGAGCCAGCCUCUCCACCCUGAGACCCUGAGGCACAGACAGAAGCUGCCCAGGCUGGCCGUGCAGGGAGUUGGCCUCGACAGAAGCUGUCAGAGCAGGCCCAAGGUGGAGGCUCCAAGGAAGAAAGCAGUGGCCCAGAGGGACUCAGUGCCCUGCACACCCCAGCAGGGCCUGGAAAGACUGAAAGAAUGGCCACAUCCUGGGCUGAAGCCCUUUGCACCCCAAGAUCUCAUCCUCAAGAGGGCAGGGCCCAGAGCAACCCCUAAUAUGUCCUUCAGGGGAAAGGGCCUGUCCUAAAAGGCUGCAUGGCCGGCAGACGACCAGGGCAAGUGACCUGGUAGCACCAUGGUGGCAGCGUGGAGGUCCUGCUGGCCUCUCUCCUCCCAGGCCUGGAGCACUGCCCCUGCCAGCACCAAGCAGGAAGCACGGGAAGGAAGAGCUGUGAGUUCAGCUCCAAGCCACCCACGACGCAGCUGAGGGAGAAGCAGAGGAAAAUAUCCAAAUCAGCUGCCCCUCCAUGUCCAACACAUGACAUCAGGACUGGAAGGCAUCGACGACAAGAGCAAAUGCCGGAUCCUUGCUGCCAUAAGCAAUGGCCCCCAGCUCCUGGUAUUUGUCAGGCUCUGCCCCAAGGCCCC